AUGGACCUUAUUGAUGGCUUCGUCAUCUGGACUCUUAUGGUUACAUGUGAAGGGAUGAAGACAGUUCAUCCUGAAUGUUCUAUAGUAUUGCAUCUACAAGAAAAAGAAGCUGAAUGUCAGCUCCAAAUUGGUUUAACACAGUCUUUGUUCAACUAUAAUGCUACCAAUACAGGUUGUCUGGUUGAGUGGGAUGGUGUGAACUGCUGGCCUGCGGUCAGUGUAGGAGAGAGAGUCUCAGUGUCUUGCCCACCUCCUCUCCUCAAGUCCCAUGAGCUGAUCACCCGCACCUGCACUAGUGAGGGAUGGAGUAGGCUGAGUGUGUCUUAUUACAAUGCCUGCUUUCAGGAAAACAGCACAGAGCAGGAAGAGACUGGACACACACGAGAGUACUUUGCAAGGGUGAAGUUGAUAUACACAGUUGGGUAUGGCGUGUCCAUUGGCUCUCUCUGCAUUGCAGUCUUCAUCUUCUGCAUCUUUAGGAAGCUUCUGUGUACACGGACCUACAUCCACCUCAACCUCUUCUCCUCAUUCAUCCUGAGGGCUUUGGCUGUGUUUGUAAAGGAUGCAGUGUUAUUCGCGGAUGAGACUGUCAAUCACUGCACAGUCUCCACGGUUUUGUGCAAGGCUGUGGUGACAUUUUUCCAGUACUGUGUGUUAUCAAAUUUCUACUGGCUGCUCAUUGAGGGACUUUAUCUUCAGACACUGCUAGCAUUCACCUUCACCCACACAAGAAAAUUUUUCUGGUGCUAUAUUCUUAUUGGCUGGGGGGUACCAUCUGUCACAGUAAUAAUCUGGACAUUCUUCAAACAUAAAUAUGAUAAUCAUGGGUGCUGGGAUGACCUGGACAGUGGCUAUUGGUGGAUCAUCAAAAUUCCCAUUUUGCUCUCUGUAUUUGUGAACUUUCUGGUGUUUGUUAACAUAAGCAGGAUUAUAGUUGUGAAGACAAAAACCCCAGAAUUAAAUGGAGGAGACAGGCAACUUUACAGGCGACUGGCGAAGUCAACUCUUCUACUCAUCCCUCUUUUUGGAGUACACUACAUUGUAUUUGCUCUGUUUCCUGAGCAUGUGGGUCUAGAGGCGAGACUUUUCUUUGAACUUGUGCUAGGUUCCUUCCAGGGUUUCAUUGUGGCAUUGUUAUAUUGCUUCUUGAACUGUGAGGUGCAGAAUGAAAUAAGAAAAGAGAUUGGGAAGUAUAAGUUCCGAACUGACAACAACACUUUCCAAAUGACAACCCAGGACUUCACUGCAUAA